UAACUAUUUUUUUUUUCCGGGCAGUGACAGUGAGAGAGAAGAACAAAGACAGAAAUUUGCGGAGAUGGAAGGCGUAGGGUCGAGAUUGAGCCGGACGUCAUCGAGAUACAGUGGUCCGGCGGCGACGGCGGUUUUCAGCGGCCGAGUAAGGAAGUGGAAGAAGAAGUGGGUACGUGUCUCAACCUCAUCCGUCGGCGUUUUCCGAGCAUCUAAAUCCAACGGUCGCAAUAACAACAACAACAACAACAAUAACAGCAGCAAUUCUCGUCACCAUCUUCUUCUCCAUAAGUGGACCCCACUUUCCUCGGCGACGGUUACUCCCUCCGAAGCUAACGGCUCCGGUGAGACGGAGGAGCCGCCUAAGCGAAGAUUCAGAUACGCCCCAAUUGCGAUGCUUGAGCAUAGAGAGAAAGUGGUUUCUAAGGAUUCUGAAAUCGAAGCUCUAGAGGAAGAGACUGACGAAUUCGACACUGAAUCUCCAUUGCCUAAAGCCGUUGAGCUGGACAUGAACAUGACAGACACAGACCAAACUAAGGAAGCAAAAACUGGUCACUUGAAACUGGGACUGUGUCUGAAUUCUGAAGGGACUGAAGAAGAGUGAAGAGAAUCGUAUUAAAUUAAAGUCCGAGGACUUGGUAUUGUUGUAGCUAUUAUGAUGUCUCAUUAUGUAACUUAUCGUAGGUUUUUGUUAUUAACAUUGAUCCUUCUGGAUCUGUAUGUACUGUCUCUAGUUAGAAGAAGCUAUAUUUAUAUGUAUCUCUAAAAUCAGAGUCAAAAUCAUAGCAUUCGUAAGGAUUUGAUGUUCCACUUUUAUAACUUCAUGAAAAUUUUGAGAGAAAAAAGUUACAGAACCAGGUCUUCC